AUGAAGGAACUAACUAUGUCUCUGCUACAGUCUGUUCCUGUAGUAAGAACAGGAUCCCUCGGCAGAGUCCCUACAGACAUUGUCCUCUUAGUUGACGGCUCCGACGCUAUGGGACAUUCAUCUCUCCCCUAUGUGAAAAAUUUUAUGAUCCGUAUGAUUGACAGCCUACCAAUAGGGCCUAACCAGUUUCGGCUGGCGCUUGCUCAGUACAGUGAUGAGUUGUCCAUUGAAUUUAUGCUGGAUACUUACAGAAGAAAGGGUCCUAUGGUGAAUCAUAUCAGGAGAGACUUUACACUUAUUGGUGGGAGUUCAGUGCAAAUUGGAAAUGCCCUCAAUGAGGCUUAUGAAACCUUUUUCCAAAAGUCAGCAGAUGAAAAAAUAAAGCAACAAAUCAUUGUGAUUUUGACAUCUGCACCCUCAGAAGAUGAUGUUCAAGAAGCUGCCAGAAGCUUGCAGAGUCUUGGAGUAAAGAUAAUAGCUAUAGGGACAGAAGACUCUCCAUAUAACGAACUUUUUGAGAUGGCCACCCCGUCAUUUCAUUACAAACCACUGAUAGAGGAGCUGCCUAAAUUCUCAGAACAUAUGCCAGAGAUCAUUGAUGAUAUUAUCCGAGUAAACAUCAGCGACUUAAUAAUAGAAGUAUGUGAUGGAGACUUGGUUGCUGACAUUGUGUUUAUAGUUGAUCAUGGUACUUCGAAGUCAAACUUUGAAGAAUUAAAAAAAUUCCUGCAAAACCUAACAUCCUCGUUUGAUGUGAAGGAGAAAUGCAUAAGAAUUGGCCUGGUGAUGUACACUGAUGGACAAGAAGUGAUGUCACAUCUGAACACAGACACAGACAAAGUUGAAAUUCUGCGGAUAAUACAGGACCUUUCUGCUGGGUCAGGAAAAGCCAAUACUGGUGCAGCUAUUAAUGUCACAAGGCUAAAACUCUUUACUGAAAUUGCUGGGAGCAGAAAGAAGCAAGGGGUAGAGCAAAUAGCUGUUCUGGUUACCCACAGAAGCUCUCAAGACAAUGUGAGUGAUGUUGCUACUCUUCUGCGGAGAAGUGGUGUGACAGUGUUUGCCAUAGGUGUUGAAGACGCUUCUGAUCAACAACUGGUCCAGAUAGCCUCUUAUCCUCAAGAGCAGUAUGUUACCAGUCUCAAGGUGUUUCCUGAUCUGCAAACACAAAAUAAAAUUUUUCAAAAGAAGCUCUUGAAUCAAAUAGAAAACAUGCUGUAUGUCCGCUCUGAAAGAAAAGAGACUCUCAAAACAGGGUGCCUGAACACAGAAGAAGCUGAUAUUUACUUGCUCGUUGAUGGUUCAUCAAGUCUUGAUUACUUCGAUUUUGUGGAUAUGAAGAAUUUUUUGAAGGAAAUUAUUAGGCUGUUUGACAUAGGAAUGAAUAAAGUUCGAUUUGGACUCGUGCAGUUCUCACAUUUUAAUGAACUAGAGUUUGAGCUUGGUAAAUACACUUCAGCAAGUGACUUGAUAAAAGGGAUUGAAAAUAUUCGGCAAGUAGGUGGAAAUACCAAUACAGGGGGAGCUCUAACUUACAUGAAGCCAUUGUUUGAAAAGGCCAGGAAGCAGCGAGGAGUUACAGUGCCUCACCAUCUAGUUGUUCUCACAGACGGAGAGUCACAGGACAGUGUGAAGGAACCAGCCAUGAAACUCAGGGAAGACCAGAUUAAUGUUUAUGCCAUCGGCGUGGGGGAAGCCAACAUAACUCAGCUUCAUGAGAUUGCAGGAGUGAAAAACAAAGUGUACUUUGUACAUGAUUUUGAUUUGCUGAAAGAUAUUAAAAAUGAAGUUGUCAGAGAGAUCUGUACCGUAGAAGCCUGCAAAGAAGUGAAAGCUGAUAUCAUGUUUCUAGUGGACAGUUCUGGAAGCAUUGGAGAUGAGAAUUUUCUGAAAAUGCUAAACUUCAUGAGAGAGCUGGUGAACAGAACAGAUGUUGGUGCAGACAAAGUGCAGAUUGGUGUGGUCCAAUUCAGUGACAAACCAAAGGAAGAAUUCAAGCUCAACACCUACUCCACCAAAAGAGAUAUCCUCAGUGCUAUCGAUAGGAUAUCUCCCCUUCAAUCAACCACACUGACAGGAGAAGCACUGAAGUUCAUGCUUAAAUACUUUCAAGCCAGCAGCGGCUCACGUGACGAAGUUAAAAAAAUUCUCAUCCUGAUCACAGACGGGGAAUCACAAGAUGAAGUUAAAGCUCCUGCCAAAGUGCUCCAAGAUAAAGGCAUUAUAAUCUACUCUGUUGGAGUUUUUAAUGCAAACAAAACUCAGCUUGAAGAGAUUAGUGGGAAGCGUGAGAUGGUAUUCUAUGUUGAAAAUUUUGAUAUUCUAAGCCAGAUAAAAAGCGACCUCAUUUUUGACAUUUGCAGUAGCCCUCCUGAUAAAUGCAGAAGAGUGGAACGUUUAGACAUUGUGUUUGUUAUGGACAGCUCUGGAAGCAUAAGCUCCUCACAGUACCAGGCAAUGAAAGACUUCAUAAUUGCCCUGGUAAACCAGUCUGAUGUUGGCCCAGAUAGAGUUCAGUUUGGAGCACUAAAAUAUUCUGACAAACCAGUAGUGCUCUUCUACCUCAAUAAGUAUGCUACAAAACUGGAGAUAACUAAGGCUAUCCAGAGAGAUGACCCUAUAGGACAAACAACUUAUACGGCAAAGGCACUGGUCCUUUCAGAAACGUUCUUCACUGAAGAACAUGGCAGCCGCAAGAGCAAAGGAGUUCCCCAGGUGCUGAUAGUGAUAACUGAUGGGGAAUCCACUGAUAAAGCUAUGCUGGAUGAUGUGGCCCAGAGAUUAAGGAACAAAGGAAUUACCAUCUAUGCAGUUGGAGUAGAAGGAGCAAAUCGAAAUGAGCUUCUGACAAUGGCUGGAUCAGAGGACAAAUGUUUCUAUGUGGAUACCUUUGAAGGACUUAAGAACUUAAAUGAAAAUAUAACAAAUGAUGUGUGUGAGAUUUCGGUACCAGCCUGUCCAAAGAAAGCAGAUGUUAUUUUCCUAAUAGAUGGUUCCAGACACAUAGAUGAAGAAAACUUCAGGAUAAUGAUGGACUUUGUGAUAAGUGUAAUCAAUCCAGGUGUUGCUGUUCAGAAUACCAGAAUUGGCUUUGCACUGUACAGUGAUGUCUAUAAAGAAGAGUUCAACCUAAGCAUUUUUCCAAACAGAUCAGAACUAGAAUUUAAAAUUCAAAGCAUCAAACAAAUUAAAGGAUACCAAAGAAAUAUUGAAAAUGCACUUGAGAAAGUCAAACUCAACUUCCGACCAGAAAAGGGCAGCAGAAUACAUGAAAAUAUCCAACAGAUUUUACUGGUAAUCAUUGCUGGAAAAACAACCAGUAGAGCUACAAGAGCAGCAGAAAGCCUGAGGAAGAAAGGUGUUGAUAUAUAUGCCAUAGGUGUGGGAAACGUUGAUCAGUCCCAGCUGACACAGAUAACUGGAUCAUCAAGUAGGAAAUAUGCUGUUGAUGAUUUUUCUAACUUGAAGACCAUAAAAAAAAGACUGGUUGAUGUUAUUUGUGAGGAUAAUAAUAGAAAAGUAGCUUGUUUUGUGGAUAUCACUGUGGGAUUUGACAUCUCAUCACAGAGGGAAGGCCACAACUUAUUUCAUGGGCAGACCAAACUAGAAAAGCGUUUUCCUGAGAUUUUGCAAGCCCUCCUGUCUCUAGAGGAUGUGAGCUGCAAUGUUGGGUCCAAGGCACAGAGCAGUGUGGCUGUUCACGUGAAGAAUACUGUUACUCCAAUAUCUGCAAAGUUCUACAUUGACAGUGAAUCUAUCUUGCAUAACCUGUCCGAUGCUGUGAUUGGGAGACCAUCCCGACUUAAUGUUGAAUUCUUGCAGUCACUCUGGGAAACAUUUCAGAACAAGGAUGAGACCCGACAAAAGGUAUUACUUGUGUUCUCAGAUGGUGUGGAUGAUGACUUAGAAGCACUUGAACAAAAAUCUGAAGAACUUAAAACCAAAGGUUUGGAUGGUCUUGUAACUGUUGUUCUGGAAGGAGCCUCCAAUUUUCAAAACCUCCGAUCCAUUGAGUUUGGAAAAGGAUUUGAAUAUGGAACUCACUUACAUAUUGGCAUGACAGAUAUUGCUAGUAGGCUAUCCAAGUUCUUGAAUAAUAUUGCUGAGAGGACCUGCUGCUGUUUGUCUUGCAAAUGUACUGGGGAAGAAGGUGAAAUAGGAGAUAUGGGAAAACAAGGGAUAAAGGGAUCCAAUGGUGCUAAAGGCAACCUAGGAUAUCUUGGAGAUGAAGGAGAAUCGGGCACAAGAGGACCACCUGGACCACAAGGAAGACAAGGCAUCAUGGGGUGUCCAGGGGAAAGAGGUUUAAAGGGGCUUCGAGGAUUUGUUGGAAAACAGGGGCCUCCUGGGGUUCCUGGGAAGAAAGGAGAAAAGGGUGACAUUGGAUAUCCGGGAAGUCCAGGGCCAAGAGGACCCCCUGGUGAUCAUGGUCAGAAGGGCUUUCGAGGAGAUCCUGGUGACCCUGGACAAAACAGUGCAAUAGCAGGAGCAAGAGGCUUCGCAGGAGAAAGGGGGGAAGAGGGUGAGAGAGGACAAAAAGGCUCACAUGGCUCAUCAGGAGACAUAGGCAACCCGGGCAAUCGUGGAGAGCCUGGUCAGAAUGGCUUGCCAGGAAAACAAGGAUACAAAGGACCUCAGAACAAGCCAGGAGCUGUGGGUCCAGCAGGGAAUCUUGGAGCUCCUGGGAAAACAGGAUUUAAAGGAAAUGCUGGUGAUCAAGGACCAAAAGGAGAAAGAGGUCCGUAUGGUUCACGUGGAAGGCAGGGAGAAGAUGGUGCAUUGGUAUAUGGCCUACCUGGAGAAAAAGGAGUAAAGGGAAAUAAAGGAUUUCCUGGAGAUUUUGGACAAAAGGGUGAAGCUGGGGACAAGGGUUUUGCAGGGGAAGAUGGACUAAAAGGAUAUAGAGGCAGAAUGGGUAUUCCAGGGCCUGCUGGUCUGGAAGGCAGUCCAGGAGACAGAGGACCUCCAGGACGCAGGCCUUGUGAACUCAUUGACUACGUCCGCAAACACAGCUCUUGCUGGGAUGGAAAGCUGAAAUGCCCAGUAUAUCCAACAGAACUGGUAUUUGCCUUGGACACCUCUAGGACACUCACUCCUGAGACAUUUGAGCUAAUGAGAGAGAUUAUGAUAGCAAUAGUGAGUGGUGCCAGAAUUAGAGACGGCAACUGCCCAGUGGGAGCCAGAGUCGCUGUUGUUUCCUACAACACAGUUACCCACUACCUGAUCCGUUUCUCAGAGUUUAACAACAAGAAUAAGCUGCUCAUCGCACUAAAAAAUAUUUCUUACCAGAGAUCCUCCAGUGAACGGGACACUGGAAAUGCGAUGAGAUUCAUUGCCAAGAAUGUUUUCAAGAGAACUCUACAAGGUCCUAAUGUAAGAAAAAUAGCUGUGGUUUUCAGCCACGGACGAGCUGCAGACGCAUCUUCUGUUAAACAAGCUGUGCUUGAGAUGAGUGCAGUAGAAGUGGUUCCAGUAGUUAUUGCUUUUGAAAACACACCCCAUAUCUUCCAAGCUUUCCUGAUGGAUGAUUCUGGAUUGUUUCAGGUGCUAAAUAUUCGUGGUGCACAAUAUAAUGAAGAGUUACAAAGAUUUCAGCUCUGCAUUUUGUGCUAUGACAAAUGUAAACCAGAUGCUUUCUGUGAACGUCCCAGGCCCCGUUUACCAAGGGCGCAUGUUGAUGCUGCAUUCAUUCUGGAUAGUUCCCAGAAAAUGAGUGGUGCUGAAUUUGAGCAAGUUAAAGACUUCAUGAGCAAAGCAGUCACUGCAUUCAACAUUUCCUCAGAUCCGAAAACAUCUGUUGUAGGGGAUAGAAUAGCUGUGGUGAGCCAUGCACUACCAGGUUUCAAAGCAGGCACAGGCAAGACGCCAGUAAAGAAGGAAUUUGACUUCAUUACCUACCACAGUAAAGAUCGAAUGAGAAGAUACAUUAAAGAAUCUCUUCAACAGCUGAAUGGAGAGGCUGCUGUUGGCUCUGCCAUACAAUGGACAAUUGACAACAUUUUCUCACAGGUUCCCAAUCCAAGGCAACUCAAAGUUAUCAUCAUUAUAUCUGCUGGAAAAACGAGUCAAUGGGACAAAACAACAUUAAAAAAAAUUUCCCUGCAAGCUAAGUGCCAAGGCUAUGCACUGCUUGCAAUUUCACUAGGAAAAUCCUAUGACAGAAGGGAAUUGGAAGAGCUUGCAAGCACUCCUCUGGAACAGCAUUUGCUUCAGCUUGGCAGAAUACACAAGCCUGAACUUGACUACGUAACGAGGUUUCUGAAGCCAUUCAUAUAUUUCCUCAGGA